CCACCGCCGCGCGCGGAUAUUUCCUGCCGCCUACUUCUGCUCUACUUGAGGCUGCUCUGCUUUCUCUGCGUUCCCAGCCACUCCGCUUGCUCUGCCUGGCGGUUGCCAUCAACGCCCAGCUGAAAGGUCGUCGUUGAGUGGCCGCACCAAUGGGUUCAGUUCCUACUUACUGUUCUUACCAAACAAACAGUGUUGGUGCAUUGAAGCUAUCAUGUCACAUGCAAUUCCAACAAUCUAGUAACAAUGGAGUUAUGUUUCUGAAUAACGAACACCCAUCGGUGCGGAAUAAGACACAGCUGGCCAAAAGAAGAGCCACAAUUAAUGGAAGUCAGCCUAACCCUAUUAGGUCUCGAGCACCUAUCUUAUGUUCAACUGGAAUGCCCAUAAUUUUUGUCGCAACUGAAGUGCACCCAUGGUGCAAAACUGGAGGCCUUGGUGAUGUUGUAGGAGGGUUGCCCCCAGCUCUGGCUGCAAUGGGGCACCGGGUUAUGACGGUAGUUCCACGCUAUGAUCAGUACAAGGACACAUGGGAUACAAAUGUUCUUGUUAAGGUAAAUGUUGGUGACAGGACAGAAACAGUGCGGUUUUUCCACUGCUACAAAAGGGGAGUUGAUCGUGUUUUUGUUGAUCAUCCUAUGUUUCUUGAGAAGGUAUGGGGCAAAACUGGAUCAAAAUUGUAUGGUCCUACCACUGGAACUGACUUCCAAGAUAACCAGUUACGAUUCUGCCUUUUGUGCCUUGCUGCAUUGGAGGCUCCAAGGGUUCUUCAUCUCAACAAUUCUGUGUAUUUCUCAGGACCAUAUGGAGAAAAUGUUGUCUUUGUUGCAAAUGACUGGCACACUGCAGUUUUGCCAUGCUAUUUGAAGAGCAUCUAUAAGCAAAAUGGAAUUUAUGAGAAUGCCAAGGUUGCUUUCUGCAUUCACAACAUUGCCUAUCAAGGAAGAUUUCCCAGAGCAGAUUUCGAACUUCUUAAUUUGCCUGAAAGUUUCAUGCCUUCAUUUGAUUUUGUUGAUGGGCAUGUUCGGCCAGUAGUAGGGAGAAAGAUCAACUGGAUGAAGGCAGGAAUUACUGAGUGUGAUGUGGCCCUUACAGUGAGUCCUCAUUAUGUCAAAGAACUGACAUCUGGCCCAGAUAAAGGCGUCGAGUUGGAUGUUGUCCUUCGUGCAAAGCCCCUUGAGGUUGGAAUUGUAAAUGGAAUGGAUGUUUAUGAUUGGAAUCCAGCAACAGAUAGUUACGUCAGCGUCAAAUAUAAUGCAACAACGGUAGCAGAAGCAAGGGCUCUCAAUAAAGAAAUGCUGCAAGCUGAAGUUGGAUUGCCUAUUGACUCUAGCAUACCCGUUAUAAUUUUCAUUGGACGUCUUGAAGAACAAAAAGGGUCAGACAUACUAAUUGCCGCCAUUCCAGAGUUCAUUGAAGAUAAUGUUCAGAUAAUUGUUCUUGGUACAGGGAAGAAGAAAAUGGAGGAGGAACUGAUGCUGCUAGAAGUGAAGUACCCACAGAAUGCUAGAGGUGUAGCAAAAUUCAAUGUUCCACUGGCGCACAUGAUGUUCGCCGGGGCAGAUUUCAUAAUUGUUCCAAGUAGGUUCGAGCCAUGUGGGCUCAUUCAAUUGCAAGGGAUGAGAUAUGGAGUGAUUCCUAUCUGUUCAUCUACUGGAGGACUCGUUGACACAGUGAAGGAGGGUGUCACCGGAUUCCACAUGGGUUCGUUCAGCGCUGAGUUUGAAACAGUCGAUCCAGCAGAUGUCACGGCAGUUGCUUCAAAUGUAACACGAGCUUUGAAGCUGUACAAAACACCCGCGUUCCAUGCAAUGGUCCAGAACUGCAUGGCGCAAGACCUAUCUUGGAAGGGACCGGCGAAGAAGUGGGAGGAGGCCCUUCUUGGCCUGGGAGUUCAGGGUAGUCAGCCAGGCACCGAGGGCGAGGAGAUUGCGCCACUUGCAAAACAAAAUGUGGCCACCCCCUGAAACCUCCGAAUGUUUCUUUGGCAUGCUAGCAGGAUAAAUAAAUAUAUUAGCGUUCGAGGACAUAAAGAGAUUGAGAUAAAGCUAAUAUUUGUUUUCCUCUGGGCCUUUCCAUGUACCCUACUACUUCGUGUGUAAUAUAAUUCCUCAAUUUUAGUGUGGUGUGAAAAAUAUUAAAAGUCUCAUGCUUGAUGUAGUACACAUUUGGUCGCAUGCUAUGAAAACUUACAUUCUCUGAACA